AUGUCGGAAGAGGAGCAACCGUCUCAGGCUGGUGACACUGGUGCCACACCCAUGCAGCAGCCUCAGCCUUAUUGGCGAUCACGUGCGGACGCCGCUGCAAAAAUACCCAACCCUAUGUACGCCUCCAAUGCAGGCACCACACCCACGCUGCAGCCUCAGUCACUGCGAUCACGUGCGGACGCCGCUGCCAAAAUACCCAACCCUAUGUACGCCUCCACUGCAGGCAACACACCCAUGCAGCAGCCUCAGUCAGUGCGAUCACGUGCGGACGCCGCUGGAAAAAUACCCAACCCUAUGUACGCCUCCAAUGCAGCCGACCCACCCAUGGACCAGCCCCAGACUGAUUACCUGGCACCUGCGAACGUCGCUGAAAACACACCCGACGCCACGUACGCAUCUAUACCAGACGGCCCGCCCAUGGACCAGCCCCAGACUGAUCACCAGGCACCUGCGAACGUCGAUAAAAACACACCUGGCGCCGUGCACGCCUCCAAACCAGCCGACCCACCCAUGGACCAGCCCCAGACCGAUAACCAGGCACCUGCGAACGGCGAUGAAAACACACCCGACGCCACGCGCGCCACCAUGCCAGUCGGCGCGUAUCCGGUCGGAGCGAGCGGCUGCCGUGGUGUCUGUAGCUUCCUCCGCGCCCGCCGCAGCUGCCUGGCCGCCGGCAUCGCCGUGCUGCUUGGCCUGGUCGCCGUGGGACUCGCCCCUGUCACGUUCAGCAACAAACAGGAAAUAUAUCAACUGUCGACAACUGUGACACGUGACCAAGACAACGUGCGUAAACUGUCCACCACUGUCGACACCCUGAAAAGCGACCAAGACGCCUUGAAGCGCGACCAAGACGGCAUGUCCACCACUGUUGACGCCCUGAAAAGCGACCAAGACGCCUUGAAGCGCGACCAGGACGGCAUGUCCACCACUGUUGACGCCCUGAAAAGCGACCAAGACGCCUUGAAGCGUGACCAAGACGGCAUGUCCACCACUGUUGACGCCUUGAAGCGCGACCAGGACGGCAUGUCCACCACUGUUGACGCCUUGAAGCGCGACCAAGACGGCAUGUCCACCACUGUUGACGCCUUGAAACGCGACCAGGACGGCAUGUCCACCACUGUUGACGCCCUGAAGAGCGACCAAGACGGCAUGUCCACCACUGUUGACGCCUUGAAGCGCGACCAGGACGGCAUGUCCACCACUGUUGACGCCUUGAAACGCGACCAAGACGACAUGUCCGCCACUGUUGACGCCUUGAAGCGCGACCAGGACGGCAUGUCCACCACUGUUGACGCCUUGAAACGCGACCUGGACAACGAGCGAAACCGAACCGCCGCCUUGGAGCAGCGUCUUCACAAGAUUGAGAAGACUUUAUCAUCUUGUACCAAAGGUUACACAAUCUGGCGUGACAUGUGCUACAAGGCCUUCGGCACACUCAAGACCUUCAGCGGAGCGGCCGCGGCCUGUCGUGCAGACGGCGGCACCCUCGCCAUGCCCCGAGACGCCGGGACCAACGCCUUCCUCAUCUCCCUGUACGUGGGCAGCGGUUACUUCUGGAUCGGCCUACACGAUCGGCGCGAAGAGGGAAGGUUUGAGUGGGUGGACGGGUCUGAACUUGGGUCGUACAGCUCCUGGGUUCCGGGACAACCAAACAACCUUGAACGCAACCAAGAUUGCGUCCUUUACGACGCAUCCCCUAGAGCAUACACGAAAGACAAGUGGAACGACUUUCCAUGCCACGACAUGAAUUACUUCAUAUGCCAGGCUGCUCCAGGUACUUAUUUUAACGCCGUGCAUAGGCGACAGGCGGGAGUCUCACCACUACUGUACAGCGGCUCUCUGACCAUCCGCAGUCAAACUAACUAGUAAAACUUAAGACCGGAAAUUACAGAAUUGUUUUAG